UCAAAACCGAGAUGAGAUUUGAGGUGAAGUGAAACUUUGUUUGUAUUGGGGAGUGAAAGUUGACAAAAUUUUGGGAAACUUUUUUUUUCUCUAAUAAUAAUUAAUUUGGUACUUUGGUUAAAAUGAGUUCGUGGACAUGGGUGGCGAAGACGUUGAAGAAUUUGCGUCUCGCUACGCCAACAUCGACGUCGACGACAACAAUGAGAAAACCGGUCACAGCAGAUCAACUACAAUCGAGGUUACCUCCACUGAUGAGUGCAUCUGCAGGUGUGCCAAAGCAGAAGGAUGGGUUGGCCGUCCCUCCACGACCGAAGAAGCCACUCACGCCAUACUUUCGGUUUUUGGCGCAAGUUAGAGAAGAUGCUAAGAAGGAGAAUCCUAAGUUAAAAAUUACUGAGUUGAUGAAGAAAAUCGGAACGCAAUGGGAUCGGCUGGACGAAGCUGGGAAGGAGAAAUAUUUGGCGGCGUACAAAAAAGAUAUGGAAUCAUAUUCCGCGACGUUAGACAAGUAUCAAGCAUCCCUCACUCCGGAACAGACAGCGUUAGUAGAGCAGCUCAAAAUGGAGAAAAUGUCCAAGAAAGAUAAGCGUGAAAAGAAACGGCGAGUUAAGGAUUUGGGCAAGCCUAAAAAACCCAUGACUGCCUUUCUGCUUUUUCUUAGAGCACAAGCAAAGCAUGGAGACACUAUUGAACAGUAUCAACAAUUGGCAAAACAAAUGGGAACGAAGUGGAAAGGCAUGAGCGAAGCGGAAAAGGCACCCUACCUCGCACAGUAUAACGAUGCAGCGUCCAUAUAUGAGAAGGAUUUGAAAAAAUGGGAAGAUAAGAUGCUUAAGCAGGGGAAUAACGACGUCGUCCGAAUUAGUCAUCUCACAAAGGCAAUUAGGGCGAAAUUGAAUCGAUGAACCUCACGCUUAUCAUCCUCGUCUUAUAAAUCUUUCCAAAUCAUAGUGCUCCCUUUUGAUGAGUGUAGUGUUUGUAUGCAUUUAAAAAUGGAAUGGUUGAUUAUAUAUAAGAUAAAUCAUCUAAAGGAUUGAAUGCUAAUUUUAUUUAUACAGAUGGAUAAGUUAAUAAAUAAAAUACAAAAUAA